UAUGAGUUGUUGGGAUUUAAAAAAAAUUAGUUCCAUCUUGAGUCGGCAGUUAGGCGGAUCUUUGCGGCAGUUAAAAAUCAUCUGAAACGGAGUAUACGGAGCGGACAGAAUGAGUAGCAGCUGGCGAAGAACUUUGGGGAACGUGAGGUCCUUCGUGGGCAAUUCCAUGGGAGGCCUCAGAGGAGGAAGCAGCCUCGCUUCCUGGGUGGUCGCCGGAACUCUAGCCUACUUCCUUUGGGUCAAGCCAUCCCAGGAUCUCAAGCGCCAGCAAGAGGAGCGAGCUGCUCUCACCGCCUCACAACCCGAUCCUUAUCGAUACGUUGAGACUCGAAAACCCAUCCCUGACCCUCAGGUCACCGGUUUGGUAUAUGGCAACAAAAACAAGGAUAAUCAAACUAAACCGGAUAAUUAACUUUUGAGGUGUGAAAAUAGCAAUAAACGAGAGCACAAAAUGGAGUCACUUUCACCAUGCCAUUGUCCUACAUAACUGAUUACUUCAUAUAUAUACUAAGUUCACCAUUUUGUUCUAUUAGUGUUGGUGAUAUACAUAUAGUUAUUUAGGGGGUUAGGUUCUUGGUUUUUUCUCCCUUCAUAGCGGCAAUAAUCUUCGUAUGUUAUACUUGUUUUUACUUUUUACUUUUGAGGUUUGGGAAUAAAUUUUGUAACAGAUGGGCACAAUAGAAGCACCCAUCAUAGAAACAGGCUAUCCUUAUAGAAAAACUAAGCAAAACUUGAUGCUUGGUCUUAUGCAUUAUGUCAGCUUUUACUUAUUUAUUUUAUUAUAAAGAAGCCUGAGGAGUUGCUUUGCAUGAUCAUCA